AUGUUAAAUGAAACAUUAUCAACACCGACUGUCGUCUCUCGUAUUUCACAAAAGCCAUCUUCGUCCAUAUCACUUUCAUCAGCGUCUUUACGUCGUUUUAACUGGAGUCAUUCAAGUUUACAUUUAAAAUCGAAACGAAUUAGUGUACAUGAAAAUUUAAAUAAACUUGUUUUUAAUCUACGUUCAUCUGUAAAUAAUAUAGGAAAUAUUAAUGCAAAAAAUGUUUUAAUACAAAAAAAGAAUGCAGAAAAAUUGAAUGGGCAUCAACUAUAUUUAUUAUGCGAAGAGAAACAAGAUGAUGCUAUAUAUCGAAUUUAUUUGAAACGUGUUCGACAAAGAGUAGAUUCAGAUGAAAUUCAACUAACUUCUGACUCAUUGUCGACAACGCCGGUGGAUGGCUCACUGCUAUAUCAUACUGUUAAAGUUGUUCAAUUAAAAGCAGGUACAUUAGCAAAAAUUGUCGAAUAUUUAACAAAUGAUCGAGGAGAGUUGGAUUCAACUCAUAUGCAUACUCUAUUUGCAACAUAUAGAAGUUUUACGGAUCCCUUAACAUUAUGCGAAGAAAUUAUACAAAGAUACGAAUCCAUUGUUCCUGCCACACUGGAUAUGACCGAAGGUAUUCGACAGAAAAAUCUCAAGAGUAUUCGCUUAGCACUUGGUUGUCUAUUGACAACAUACAAAGAAGAUUUUCUUGAUCCACCACGUUAUACGUGUCUGAGACGUCUACUCGAUUUUUCAAAAGCAAUUAAUGAUCAUGAAUUAAAAAAACAAUGUCAGACAUUAUUAGACAAAUUCAUCGAAGAAGAAGACAGAAAGUCAGGAACAAUAACUGAAGAUUCUUUCUCUUCAAUGAAAUAUUCUGAAGCAGAUGGUGAAUUAUACGGUAUACACGGUUACGACUAUCUGAUGCCGUGGGAAUUUGUUGACAUUCCAAAUUCAUUAUUUGCCGAACAGCUAACCUAUGUUGACGCAGAAUUAUUAAAACGUGUCAUACCAUACGAAUGUUUAAACAUCGAUAAAAGAUCUCUAUCAAAAAUUCAUCAUCAACAAUUAUCUACCGUAGCAGCCACAAUUGAUCAUUUCAAUGCCGUCGUAGGGAGAGUUAUGGCAACAAUUUUAAAAGAUAUCUCUUUAUCACAGCCAAAACGAGCGCAAAUUAUUGAAAAAUGGAUUGAUAUUGCACAAGAAUGUCGAAAUUUGAAAAAUUUCUCUUCACUAACAGCAAUCUUAAAUGGACUAUCAUCCUGUUGCGUUCAUCGUUUACAGUUUACUUGGCAAUUUGUUUCAAAGUCAAAAAUGAUAAUAUUUGAUGAAUUAAGAACAGUAUUUGGUAGUUGUGCUGAUAGAAAACAAGCAAGACAAAUAUUGAAUAAAACAAUGAUCGGUACCGUUCCUUAUUUGGGUUUAUAUCUGAGUGAUUUAACAUAUAUUGAUUCAGCAUUUCCAAAUCAAAUCGAGCAUUUGAUUAAUUUCGAGAAACGUCGAAAAGAAUUUGAAAUAUUGGCUCAAUUAAAAUUAUUUCAAUCAGCUGCCAAUUCUUAUCGAAUUAUGCCUAUAAAAAGGUUUAAACAAUGGUUUGACAAUGUUAGAACAUACACUGAUUCAGAAAGCUGGCAACUAUCGUAUCAAGUCGAACCGCAAAGCGAAGAAAAAGAUCUACAUACAGAACAACAACAACAGCAACAGGAUCAAGUUAAUGGAAAUGGAAAACCUCCACACUUGCGCCGUCCACCAUCCGUUGCCUCGUUGGAUUCACUUGCUCAUUCAUCUUCAAUUCGUUCAUCACCAAGUUCAAUGAGUUUAGACAAAAUGAGUACAAAUUCAACGAAUUCACUGCCAAGAAAUACACUUAGAACAGUAGCUCCCAGUCAUUCUCGUUCGUCAUCUGCUUCUAGUUUUUUAACGUCAGGUAGUUCAUCGUCGGCAGCUACUGAUGAAUGUAUCAUAGCUAAAGUACAAUUAGCUAGUCAAGCUGAUUUAUUAUAUAAAUGUAUUCGAAUUCUUAAUAAUGAGCGAACGAGUAGCGUUCUGAAAACUGUUUUGGAGAAAUUUGGAGUAGAUCCUAAUGUUUAUGAAAACUAUUGUAUCGAACAACAAUUACCAGAGAGAAAAAUUGUGAUACCUGACCAUUGUAAUGUAUUCUAUGCUCUUGUUCAAAAAGAAAAUCAAGAUGUUAAAUUAACUGUACGUGAAAAAACUCGACAAGAAAAAUAUUUGAGUCAACAACAACAACAGCAACAACAACAAGUGUUUAGUGGCAGUCAACAUCAUUCUCGGACACCAUCUGCAUGGAGUAAAGUGUCUGCUCACAGUCGGUGA